GUGUGUAACCAGACUGCAUAUAAACAGUUCUUGAUAUUCACUUCAAAUGAGAAGUUAACUCUCAGGGAAAACAACAAUUACUUACUCUAUUCCUUAGAUAAUUGAUGUUAUGGAGAAUCAACAGCAAUAUCAGCUAGAACCUAUCCAGGAAGAGGAAGAGGAGGAGGAGGAGAAGGAUGAGGAGGAAGAGAAAAUAGAGCAGGAGGUGGUGGAUGAUCAGGAGGAAGAGUCUCCACUAAAGGUGUGGAGGCCAAGCCGGCAGUCCCGUUCUCUGGACCAGAGUAGUGCUGCACAGGUGGAGAUCUACAAUCUCUCUGUACCAUAUCCAAAUAUCACCCAGGCCACAAGUGACCUUGGGGAGGAGAUUACCCCAACAGGGUUUACACUCCCUAGGAAACAUAGAGCAAAGGCUGAUGGUGAAGAGGAUUUAGUUCAUCUGGAAGUAGAGCCCCAGCUAACCAUCAACAGAAGAGUGAAACAAACAUCUCGUACAAGGAGGAGACUCUCCUGGUCAUCGUCAGAUGAAGAGCUACCAACACCACAACGACCACAGAAGAGGAGAUGGAAGGACGAGCUACCACCACCACAGAAGAAAGGAGGGGCUAGGGGACGGAGAAAGGUGCCAACUGCAGAGAAUUUUUUCCCACAAUGGCUGGUGAAUUUGAUGCACAACAUUGAGGAGGCUACAACACAUGAGCUGGUUGUUGAGUAGGCUUGCAACAUGACUAAAGGGCAUCCAAUAAAUCAUUGCAAGAUGAUACAUACUGUGUGUCACUAAAGCAUACAAUGCA